CGGAUAUAAAGGCUUAAUGGAGGUCACUGAAGUAGUAGUGUCAUUAAAAAGCUGUGAUAUAACUAAUUUUAAAAAACUACUCGUUGGUACCGUACAUCAGAGGAAUGAAUUGUGAUUGGUACAUAGUAUUCAGCAUUGUCAUUGCUACUGGAGUAAAUUCCUUAUAUCUGAGUCCAUGGGUUCCAAUACAAGCCCAGGUGACCAGUCCUAUCAAAAUUACACAUCCUCUAGGGCAUAUACCUGCAAAGGUCGAAGUGCAGGUAAAAGUUCAAGAAGGAGGAAGUGAGUAUAUUUUCCCAGCUUCCGGUUCUGCACAACGUGAUGACGACAGUGACAAUGUUUACGGGGGCGUUGUUUAUAUCUACAACGAGAACCAUGUAAAGAUAUUUGUGCCCGUCCAAGAGAAUACAUCAAACAAAGGACUUGCUAUCUACACAGGCAACGAUUCAUUUGUUGGACCGUUACAAGCUUCGCAUGCACAGGCGAUAGUCAGAGUGAAAGUAUGGGGUUUGUGUGAUCUUCCAAAAGCAAGCUUCUCCUUGCCGGGAACAAUGAGAAUAUCUAUAAUAAACAGCUACCAGAGUCUGUCUCAUGGAAUAGGAAGGUAUCCCGAUCUUGUUGUUGUACAGCUGAAGCUAAACAAUGGUUAUGUUUCAGAGGCAGGCGGGGUCACCUUUAAUUCUAUACCUGAGGCAGAACAAUCCGUAUGUGGAACCGUGUUUGCCUACGACGAUCAGGAAAUCCGGCUUUGGACCGUGUCAGGUUCUUCAAAUCAGUACGUGUUUUGUGCACGUGAUGGAUGGGGGACCGAGAAUUUGCAAGGGAAAUCUGCAUCACUUCACAUCCAAGCAUGGGUGUUCAACAGGAAGCAAUUUACCAGGUCUUUCAUCAUGGAUAAAAAUAACGUAGAUGUGACUUCACCAACAACUGACACAGUCCCCUUUGACUCCACUUACAAUCUUGACUCAAUGUUAGUGUCAGUGCAAAUGAAAGCUUUGAAAGGUAACAACGCUGGGUUUACAUUUUAUGCCGGAGGAAGUGCUAUGAUUGACACAUCAACAGAUCCAUAUGGCGCCAUUAUUUACGCUUACACGGAUACGGAAGUGUUGCUAUGGAGACCGAAUGCAUCAGUGUCACACGGAUUCUUGAUUUACGUGGGUGGAACAUGGGGUAAUGGAACUCACAGCCAACAGGAUACAGAAGUUGAAGUCACAGUCAGGGUCAUUGAUAUAAAUGGGACACUGUGUUUGGAAACAGACAGUUGUGUACAAGAUUGGGCCUCAAUGACGAGCUUGUGUAAAUCUUCAGAUUGUCCGAUCCCUGUCGAUAUUCAAAACGCCAACAAACUAUAUGAUGGACUAAAUAAUGGUAGCCAUACCCUGUACUCUUGUGCGCGCGGUUACACCGGAAGUUCCCAUGAGUCCAUGGCACUUUGUGUGAAUGGAUCGUGGACAACACCAGACCUUUAUUGUGAGGUUUGUUCAAUACAUAACAACAGUUUUCUGAUGAAUAAGACUUUAGAGGAAUGGAUCAAUGAAGUUAAAAAAGAUCUGACGGUGAACAGGAAAACAACGAGUGCGUACACCCGUACUCAAAUCAGUGUGUACGAAGAGCGACAGAGCGCCGUAACGAUUGGUGUGACGGGGAUCCUUUUGAUAUGUACCGUAGCUUUAAUUCUUUCAUUGUCGGACAUGAUUGAUUUAUUUAAAUACAUUUAUCAUAAACGGAAAAGAAAAAUGAAAAGAAAAAUGAAAAAUAAAUCAAUGACUUGAGGAACGCAUGUUGCAUUUUUUUAAAUAAAAGAAAAAAUAAAACAAGACAGGAAA